CACCUCCGUACCUCAUCUCGACUCUGGCCGUCCCGCGACGCCCACUCGCUCCUCGCCGUCGCGCGUCAUCGCUAUGGGAUUCCAACGCCACUGGCAAGACAACUCGUAUAUAGCUCAGCAGAACAAGCAUCUCGUCUAUCCAUCUCCCACUCCUCCUCCUCCUCCUCCUCCCCUACCUCCACGCCACCCAUUCCUACACACCCCUCCAAGCUACAGCCCCACCUACGAGCAAGAGUAUUCUCUUCCACUCGACUACUCCCGCUUCAAAGCCCCCUACCCCGACCACAUACGCAGCAUGGCCAACACCGACGCUGAGGGCUACCUCCUCCUCACCAUACCCGAGGCCACAAUCGGCCAGAUAUUCGAUGGCGAGAAGAUGGACCUCGGCCGCGGCGAGCUAGCCGUCGAGUGUGUCUCGGUCCCCAUCCCUCCCGAGAUUGGACACCAGACUGCCAACCCGUUCGAGGUCUCGCCCAACGAUCCCGCCCCUACCCACGACAUGUGGCUCGUCCUCCGCAUCGGCGACAACUUUGAGCACACCCUCGUCCCCGGGAACGCCAUGGAGGCGCGCUCACCUCCCGGUGGCGACGGCGGUCCCACGUACAUCUUGCGCAACCCGGAUGUCCCGGGGGCCGAGCUUGUGCUCUCCCUGGAGGCGCCCCGCUCCCUUAACGAACUCGAGGACCUCGGCACCCUCGAGUCCCUCUUCCGCCAGUACGGUGUCCUCCCCAGCGGCUCGGGUCUUGACGGCGUCCAGGCGCCAUCGCUUGGCCACCGUGUCAGCUUCGGCGACUCCAAGUCGGGCUUUGGCGCCCCCGCCGGCCAGCCUCCGACUUACGCCUCGACCGAGGGCGCCGGUCCUGGCUCCGGCGCGUAUCACGAUGAGAAGUCACGCCCUGGCGUGGGAGCUGCCGCCGCGGGCGCAGCGGGUUUUGCAGGCGCAGCUGGUGCCAGCACGAUGGCAGGUUCCAGUUCAUCGGCUCAGACCCAUCAGAACAUACCCCUUGUGCAUGGCGGCAGCGCCGAGGAUCUGCGCGGCAAGCUUGUGCUCGUCGACGAGACGACGGGCGCCGUCAUCGGGGAGAUGGACCAUGCGCCCAAGAUGAGCGACGCCGAGGCUGCCGAUGUCGCCAACCAGGAGCCCACGAGACCCGUCAUGAUCGACUUUGGCCCGAUCGUAGCGCACACGCGUGAGGUGCGCGUGACCCGCAUCCCGCCCGACGAGAUCGACGGGUGGAUGCUCAAGGGCGCCGACUUUAUCUCUCGCGGCGUCCUCGGUGCGUCGAGCGCCGCCAGCGGCGCGAUGAUGCGCUCCGCCGAGCGCUACCGCGCCAAGGCUGUGCCCCGCCCCGAGCCUGUGCGCAUGGGCGCAGUCACGAGCUCGCUCAAGAGCGUGCACGGCGCGACGACGGCCGGCGCCCGCGUCACCGGCAAGACUGUCGGCAUGAUCAACAACCAGGUCGAGCGCCUCGUGUCCAAGAAGCAGAAGGGUGGCCAGGUCUACGCCGCCCCGCAGCCCGGCGCCGCUGGGCCUGCAGGCUUCGUGCCCCAGAAGUCGACGUUCCAGCAGAUCAAGGAGGCUGCUGUGCCCGCGGCCACGUCGGCCUACGGCUGGGCCAAGACCCAAGCCCAGCAGCGCGGAUACCUCGGCGGCGCUCCCGGUGGCACCGGCACCCACGCGCCCGGAACGACGACGCCGGGCGGCGGCGCUUACGGCGCUGAUCACGGUGCGCCGUACGGCACUGCCGGCGGCCAAGCCCCGCCUCUCCCGCCCAGAAUCGGCACGGAGAAGGCAAGCGCCGCGGCCGGUCCCGGCCAAGGCGGAUCCCCGCUCACGCCCAACCAGCCCUCCCCUGGCGGCUACAACGAAAAGUCGUCGUACUCGGCUUCGACGUAUGGCGCGGCCCCCGGCGUGCCCCUCGGCACGACCGGCAACACCCACCUCGGCCCGGGGUACACGUCGAGCUAUCCCGACGAGAAGAGCGGCUAUGCGCCGCCGCUCUCGCCGGCCGGCUCGGCCCCGGGGUCCGGAUACGCGACGCCGACGGGCAAGAAGAAGAAGCGCCCGCUGCUGAACCGGACGAUCUUGGCGGCAGACGUCAUCCUGUCGUCGUUCGAGGCGGCCGCGAACGAGCUCGUCACGUCCGGCACGCACGCGGCGUCGACGGCCGUCGGCGCGCGCUACGGCAACGAUGCGGGCGCCGCCGUCGCGUACACCGGCGCGAGCGUGCGCAACGCCGUCCUCGUGUAUGUCGAUGUGCGCGGCGUCGGCCGCCGCUCCAUCCUCAAGGCGACUGCGAAGGGGUGGGUCAAGGCGCGCAUGAAGAACGGCGAGGAGGUCCGUCUCCAGCCGGUCGCCCCGAACCAGGCCCAGCCCACGUACAAGAACGAGGAGGGGCACGUUGUUGUUGGCGUGCCGGUUGCUCCGGAGAAGAAGUAAUGACUACGGUGGGGCAAGGGCGGCAAUAUAGACUCUAGUUCGGUACACGAUUUUGAUGCAUUUGGCCACGCUGGGCAAUAUGAACACGCG